AUGUUCAGCAACGUUUGGAGCAGCUCGGAAUCUUCGGAAUCUGACAGUGAUGAGGAUGUUGAGGUACUCCGGCCCGGUAAUAAGCUGGAAGCCCGUGGCUACGUUGCCGUUACGCGCGACGACUUUGAUUCCAGCGACGAGGAAAUCCAUGACGCUGAUCAACCUCCAGUGGGGCUGGCUACAUCUCCCAUGGCUACGCCUGAGCGUCAUCGCCCGAGCCUCCGAGCCUCCGGCAAGCCGCAGGGACCGGCUGGUGUUGUCCGACCAAAUCAAGGAGCACCCGCGCCUCAAUUUGACCGCCACCAACAAGCAGCUCUAAGUCAGGCCCAACAGCUGUAUCACAACCGCCGCCUGCGCGCUACAGGCACACAGCCAACCCCUGCCGGCCCAUCCCCACGUCUCAACCCCGAGCCCCAGGGGGUGGUGUCCCGCGGCCCCGUGACCUCUACCGAGUCGAAUGAUGUGGAUAGUUCGACUCGGGAUGCGUUGGACAACUAUGCCCGACAGCUCAUGGACCCGACGACCGGAAUUGCCACCAGCACAAAGCGCAUCCGACUUCAAGCUUACCGCAAUGUUUUCACUGGCGCCGACGCCGCGGGUUGGUUCAUGGCCAACAUGGAAGGCGUAGCCACGCUUAAAGAAGCGCAAGAGGUGGGGCAGCAACUCAUCGACGUGGGCAUCAUCAAGGUUGUGCGCUCAGGCUCCGAUGCCCCUGGAUUUGUGGUCUCGGACACGGCUCUCUUCGCCUUUCGCGCGCGAGCAGGAACCAUGGACGGCAUAGCCGACUCGGCGGCCUCCCGACCGGGCAGCGCCCGACCUGCAUCUGCACGCAGUACACGCGUCGGCCGCUCUCGAGUCGGCUCAGCGGCCAGUGUCCGCUCCAACCUGAGUGUUCUUUCCCUUGAAAGCACGAUGGGGCAUCGCUUUGACGAUGAAGCUGCCAACUUUGCGUCAUCGCCGCCCCUCCAUGCCGCUGCCGCUCAGGGUGAUCUGGUCGCCAUCAAACAGCUUCUGCCCCUUCACUUUGUGGAUGAACUCGACUUGGCCGGCCGCACCCCCUUGAUGUAUGCUGUUCUCACAAACAAGCCCCGCGUGCUCCGCACCAUUCUUUUGGCCGGGGCUGACUUGAACCAACAGGAUGACAAGGGCAACACGGCGCUGAUCUGGGCCACGUGUCGCGGUGCGCGCGAGGCUGUUAAAAUUCUGCUGAAAGAAGGGGCUGAUGUCGAGCUGACUGACCAGGAGCAGCGCUCGGCGCUGCAUUGGGCUUGCAAAAUUAAGCGUGUGGACAUGCUAGCCACUCUUCUCCCCUAUGCCUUCAAGGCUAUAUUGGACUUGCAGGACCAGGAGGGCUUGUCGGCUUUGCACUGGGCUGUCCUUUGCCAACGAGAGGAACAUCUCAUUCUGCUGCUGGAGCGCGGCGCCGACCCUCGUCUUGGCGACCGGCACGGUCGAACGGCUCUCCAUUACAGCAUCACUCAACGGGCGCAGGCUUGCUUCACACGACUCCUUAGCGAGUGUCCAGAAGUCCUCAACUUGGCCGAUGCUCAGGGUCGCACGCCGCUCCACGUCGCCGUGGCUGAGGCUCCACUGACCUUCAUCGCCGCCCUCUUGUCUCAACAACCACUGCAACUGAAUCCUGCGGACGAUCGAGGCACCACCCCUCUCCAUUGGGCCUGUGUUAGCAACCGCACAGAGGCCUGCCAGGCUUUACUGGCAGCCGGGGCUGAUGCGAACAUUUGUGAUCAUGCUGGCAAGACACCCUUGCAGUAUGCAAUUGAAAAGAGCAAUGCUGCCUGUGUGGCAUUGUUGCAACAGCACGCUCAAGCCACACGAAGAUAGCAAUGCGCCCUGCAUGGCUCCUCUGUCUGAGAACGACGUUCUUUGGUGUUAUUUAUUGACAUGUUUACAUGCUAAGUGCUAACUAACUAUGACCAGCAAUUGAAAUCAUCUGCC